GAAAUUUCUAUGAGCGCGCGUCUGAAUUUGAGACCUCCCGAUCCUGCAAAGAUGAGGCACGAUACAGAGGAAGAAGAGGAAACAAAAAGAUCUGGAAAUAGAAGGCGCACAUAUGAGCAGCGUAUUCCUGAACGUUCCCGCCAGGGUCGUGGGAACAAUCCAUUACCAGCAGAUGAUUUUUAUGCAAAACAUGUAGACAGCAUGAGGGCGAAGGAACUCGAAAAGCAUCGCAAUGACAGAGGAGAUCGCGAAAUACGCAAAAGAGAGGGAAAAGAGAAGCAAAGGAAGCAGGAUGAGCGAGAAAGAAGAGGAAGAGAAGAAGAAGACCGAAUUUACGAGCAAGAUACAGAAGACCCAACAGAGCGCGAUUGGAGGGCCAAUAUCCAAGAGUCCAAUAGAUUAAUAGCCGAAGAGGAAAAAAGAGAGAAGAGUGCUCGGGAACCCAAACCAAGAAUAGCUACACAUGAAAAAACACACAGAGACAAAGGAGGACACACAAAACAAGGAGUAAAUGACGAGGAUGGAGCAAGAAAAAAUAAGACGGGGACAACGCAUAUGCACAGUAGCCGGGGCGGACGAAGGGAAAAGGAAAGGGAAAGGGAAAGAGAAAGGGAUAGGAGUAGGAGUAGAGAUCGGGACCGUGAUAGAGACGAUGUGCACGUAGUUCAAGCUCCCACACAUACGAACCCAGAGAGAGGUGCUCGACAUAAAAAAAAUGGGGCAUACGUAUAUUCGGAUGCUUACAUUACAAAAUCGGUCCCAAGACCAGAAGUUGAUGGUAGAGGAGAUGAGAGAAGGGAUAGAGCCAAGGGUAACGUGCUUAACCCAACGGGCCGGGAUCCUACCAGACAUUCUAGACCCCUAGCACCAGAUCCCAGACAUAUUAGGCAUACAGAUGAAGCUAUUCGAGGAUAUAAGCCACACGAAGAUCCGCGUACACCUAUUCAUUAUCCGGAUCUGAGAGCUGCCCCGUCACAGGUCGACCGUAGUGAAUACCGGAAACCUGCGGCCAGUGACCCAGAUUAUUAUAAUCCAAGACAUGGAAUGUACCGUCGUUGACACUCAAACACAACAAGAUGGAUGUUCCCGAAUAAUAUUACUUCUUAUUACUAUGGCCGA